GGUGAAUAGGUAACCCACAUAUGAUUUGCUUGUUUACCUUCGGAGCAAAGCUCGCUGAUCUUGAAUUCUCUACCAACUAGCUUAGUCUAUUUAUCUCUAUGGGUGGAGUCAGAAAAGCGUGGGAGAAACCCACAGGAGCCUGCUGCCUGCCUGCCUGUAGGCAGGCUCCAACGUCUACUUAAAUGCCUUCACAAUCCAGAAUAAUCCUCUUUUCCAAGCAAAUCAUCUCCUCUCAAUUCCCUUCCAGACACCAUGCCUGUCACGAUUGCCACUGCAGCACACCCCCCUCGCAAGUGGGAAAGGUCCAAAGUGUCUACUGCUGAAGAGCUUCUCGAGAAGUCAAGCCCGGGAGACCAUCAUCGCUGUCGAAAUAUCAUCCAGAGCUCAUUCCAGCAGAGUUCAUUUCACCAGUCCCAUAUUUCCCCCUCGAGCAAUGGCCUCGUUUGGUCCGUCUUCCAUGCCUACAGCGCUCACCACAACUUAACCCUCCGGCCCGAAGACAUCUGGUUUGCUAUCUUGACACAGCUCAGCUUUUUUAUCAAUGCACAUGCUGAAGAGCUUCGAUCCUUCUUCGUUGCUCAUAAAGGACAAAAGGAUCUUGAAGUCAAGGCUGCGGGAACCAUCGACUCCGCCAACUUUGGUGUCUUGGCUGUUCGCAUGACCGAGCUCAUGCAGAAGAAUGUCGUGGAUGAAGAACUUCGAGAUUGGAUUAUGCCCUCGUUUACAACCACGACCGAAUCGGACACCGUGGUCGCAGCUAUUCUGAUGAUGGGGGCGUUGCAAAAAUACUUCUCCUACAAAAUGGGGCUAUUAUGUGGCAUUCCUUCGGUUACUCUGCUGGGCGACAAAGAAGAUUGGGUGGGUAUCUUGAAGAGGAUCGAAAAACUUAAACAGCUUGGGGAUGAGCCUGCUCGGUUUGCGCAGCUUCUGCGGCCCGUUCUGAAUCAUUUCGUUCUUUCCUUUGAGAUUCCCAACUCUCCUGAGGUGUUAGACUUUUGGAACAGGUGCGCACACAAGCACUUCAUGGGCAGUGGUCCGGAGUAUUUGAGUGGAUGGAUCUCAGUCUUCUGCUUCUGGAACGAGGAUGGAAGGAGGCUGUAUAGAGACCAGAUCUACCCAGUCUCGUCAGAUGAGUUCAAAAGACGCAAUACCGAUUUGAGCUUGGACGACGCUUUGGCCCGUAGGAUUGAUACAGAUGAGGUCCCAUCCGCAUAUGCAUCAGUCCCUGUUCGAGUUAAUGAUAACGGGAACAUCUACGAUACCAUGAUGUUGGCUGGCCUGGUCGGUAUUCAAGCUACGUCCAGUGGAGCGACCCUUGACCAGGGAAUGGGCCAUUAUGGGGACCAGCAUGAGAGCAGCCGUUCCGAAGAGGGCUCUGGGGAGGAAACUGGACUCGACUCGAUCCAACCGUUGUCGGGCUGGUGGAUGUAUGAGAAGCAGCAGACUGAAGAUGCUGAAGGAGGGUCUGGACAGGCCCAUCUAGAAGCAGCGGUUGGCUCGCAGGAAGAUGAACACAUCCUGCCAGAAAGUGACUCUACUGGGCUCAAAGAUUGCUCAAGUGUCCAGCAAGUGGUUGCUGAUGGACGUUCAUCGGUUGUUUCACAGGGCUGAUGAGGUUCAUGGAAGGUUUCUUCUUAGCUCAGUGUGGGGAAUGUUCUUCCAGGGUGAUAGCUAUCAUGUUUAGAAAGGGUCGUCUAGACAACCCAUGGCAAAAUAUGCCUCAGGGGGGGCUCAGCUGCCGUAGGUCUAAGCGAUGGCCAUUGCUAGUAGAGGGUGAUGCUCAAGUGUUCACUCCCUCUUUGCUUGUAGACAUUAUGUACGCAUUUCCAUAUGAUACAAUUCAAAAGAUUAACUAGCACAUACGACCAUAGGGUGUGGAAAACAGGGCUUCCCGUCCGCUCAGCCGUACUUAAGCCACACGCCGGCA